AUUUAAGUGUUUGUGUCCUCAUUUGUUGCCCUUAAUGAGAGAUCACUUAAUUGACUCUUUUUAUCUUUGAAAAGAGCGCCAUAAACUUUAGUGAAAAAAUGGCAAAAGCAGCUACCAAAAUUUCGUUAGAUGGCCAAGUGUUGAAGAGAAUCUAAAAGAACAGCACAAUUACGAUCCAAGCACUUUAAUUGCGUCUCCCAUCGGUCGUUAGCGGUUUGAUGUUUGCGCCUCGAUCAUCAUAGUGACCAUCGGAUUCACUUCCGCAUCACUAUCGACAUGUCUCGCACGAUCACCGACCGGGCCCGGUCGAUCACUACUGCUUGGUGUCCUUGGCAGUAGGCGACGCAGCUAAGAAUUUUGGAGAUCGCAGAAUCGCACACACGAUGGCAUCAGUGAACCCAAUGGCUAAUGGCGAUGAUGACACUCUAACGGCAGCGGCGCCAUCAACGACGAAUUCGAUCGCGGAAUCUACAGGCAUAAGCGAUGAUCGACGGAGUUCGCCACCGGCGGUAGUAUACAGACUGUGCACCAUUCCACCGGAGCAGGAUGGUGAGGAGAGUCAGCUGCGAAAGGGACUGAACCGUGUCUCGACCGAUUCCGCAACGUCUACCUACGAAAUGGUGGAAGCCGCCGGUAGCAGCCACUCACCCGCAUCUGAUAGCAAUAGCAGCAGUACUGAGGAGCACGAUGGAGUGGAUGCCGAUGAAGAGGAGGAUGGAGAGGAGGAAGACGAGGAGAUGUGGAGCAAUAUUGUGCGCAUUAACAAGGCAACGAGCGCAACGGUAGCCGAAUUGACGGGCGGCAGUAACAGCACGACUUGCGCGAACAACAUCGAGAUCAUCGAGUACGAAGUGCAGGAGCCUAUGACUAGCGGUACCAGUGGCAUUGCCAUGACGUCGGAAUCAUUCGACCGAGAAGGUGGCGGUCUAGUGACCGAUGCGGAUGCCAGUGACCUGCUGUUGCAACGCAAACGGUUCGAUCUGUCCCGCUCAUCGACGAAGGAGGAAAAGCAGCGCCACAACGAGGAAAUCGUCAUCAUGAAGUCAAACUCGCUGUCCUCCGACACGACCACCAACUCGUGGGAACCGGUAAGCGUGGAAGCAUGCUGCGCAGAUGAAGGGGAGCAACCAGCAGCUGAACCGGCGAUCGUUGUACCAUCCGCACCCUCGAAAGCAUGCUUCAUCGAUGCAUCGUCGUUGUUCGACGAUGAUGAAAUCGUCUAUCCAUCCUUCCAGGAGCCACAACUCGCCUGGGGUCCACCAACCGGUGGAACCAGCAGUCAAUCGCACUCCUCAUCGAAUGUACAGCUUUCCUCGAUCCUUCUCAGCGAUGACGAGAAGAUCAUUCGACCCACGAGUGUUGGUUUGGCACACGAUGAUGUGAAGGAUCAGUUCAGUGUUACGUCAAGCGACGAUUAUCUCGCAUCUAAGCUUAAAAACUCCGAUCCGGGCACCGAAAGCAGCUCCUCUACGAUCGAUAAUGAAGAAGUGCUUGCUAGACAGCAAUCGGAGCGGAAGCAGGGUACAUUGUUGUUUCAGAACUCGAUCCAGCAGUUUUCCGGUCUGCUGAUCGAUGGCCCAGCAACGGGAUGUCCAGUGGAGGAAGCGUACAGUGAUCUUUCACUGCCCAGUGUUUACUCAUCCGGCAGUGAGCGCAACUAUGGUGGAGAGUAUGGGCCUCUCUCGAUCAGCGAUACUCAGCGCUAUUCGCUGACAAGUGCUAGUGCCGGCACCGGCGGUGGCGGCGGUGGUGGUGGGGGUGGCGGUGGAACUACGAGCACGACCAGCGGUUACAAUUCCAGCUCUGCUGAGUACAACAGUCGCACGCAGGCUACGAGCGAUGUGGAAUCAUCGGGACACUAUCCUCACACACCGUUCAACUCGAUCGUACACGUUGGUAGCUCCAGUAAUGCGACCGCCGUAUACCAACCUAUGUAUGCUAGUGGUGGCGAGGGAGAUGGGAACGGUAGCCGGGCCAGCUCCAUUGAUCGGGAUUCACACUCGACACCAAUCCGCAUUCCGAAGCGUGUGCAAAAGCAUGACGAGUCAGCUCCGAUCGUAUCCGGCGGUGCUUCGAUCGAGGACUUUACACCGAAGCAGUGCGAAAGUCCAUUGGUUCGCCGGCGAACCGAUACCUGCCCGAUCGUGUCCGGAGGUAUAAGUUUCGACGAGGAUCCGAGAGACUCACAGCAUCAGCUUCUGCAGCAACAUCCGAGUCGCCUCUCUGGUGGUCGAUUGAGUAAGAGUAGCUCGGGCAAAUCGUGGGUUGUCGACCUGAAAAACUGUCCCGACGACGAAAAGCGGGUCGCCGGAAACUCCCUUGACAUAGAAAACGGCCAACAGCAGUCUCGAAGUUGUGGACUAGGAUUUUACGUGGAUCUCGGAGCUCUCAAAACCCCCGAAGAAGAGAAGGCAAUUACGGUUAAUCGGGCGGCACGACCAUCGGCCGUGCGUUCCGAUAUGAUGAAGAAGUCAACCGGCUUCUACAUCGAUCUAUCCGA